AUGGCAGGCAAGAAGAAAGAAAUCCAGCUCCAGAUGACAAUAACCAAUGAAAGCCAGUGGGAUGAAAUGUUGCUGAUAAAAGGUGUAGUAGUAAUAGAUGUUUAUCAAGCCUGGUGCGGUCCUUGCAAAGCUGUGCUGAAUUUGUUCAGGAAACUGAAGAACGAGUUUAGUGAAGACGAUGUGUUGCAUUUUGCAGUGGCAGAGGCUGACAACAUUCUGGCUCUGCAGUCCUUUAGGAAUAAAUGUGAACCUGUGUUUCUUUUUUGUGUCAAUGGCAAAAUUAUUUCAAUGGUGAAAGGUGUAAAUGCUCCUCUUCUAAGUAAGAAAACAACAGAGCUGGUGCUAGAAGAGAGGGCAAUUGCAUCUGGACAGAAGGACCGCACCAUGGUAGAAGAAAUUGAUCUGCAAGAGAAACCACCAGAAGAGCCUGUUGAGGAGACCGUACCUCAGGAAGCAGUCAAAUAUUCUGUUGGCAUUAUAAAACCUGAUGAUGUCUCAGAGGGACGUGUGGAAGAAAUUAAAAGCCAGAUUACAAAAGCAGGAUUUAGCAUUGAAGCAGAAGAGGAGAAAAUGCUAACUGAAGAGCAAAUCAGAGCGUUCUACACCCAUAAAGCAAACCAGCCUGAUUUUGAAGAUUUUCUUCAAUUCAUGCUGAGUGGACCAUGCCACAUUUUGAUAGUCACUAAAAAAAAAGCAACUGGUGAUAUUCCUAACUGGAAAGACCUAGAUGAGUCGAGUAAGAGUGCUGAUGAGGCUGAGAAGACAGACAGGUAACUACCAGUGGAAACAACUGGGAAUAUAUUAAAUGUAUGUGAUAUAGAAGACAGCAUAGAAAGCGCCAGCAGACAACUUGCCUUCUUUUUCCCAAAUUUUGUUACUGACAAGACAGAGCAAAAAAUGGAAAAAACUUUGGCCUUGAUUAGACCAUGUCUCUUAAAGGAAAGACGAGAGUCAAUCCUGCAAAGAAUAAACGAUGAUGGCUUCAAAAUAGCAAUGCAGAAAGAAAUAACCCUAACUGAGGAACAAAUACGGGAAUUUUACAAAGAGCAUGUAGACCAAGACUACUUCCCAGUCCUUCUAGAGCAAAUGACCAG